AUGUUUCAGAAGGAUCUUCAUCUUGCUGAUUCAUUGAUACUGACUACUUCACAUAAUCUGAAGAUUCUACUCAAUGCGGUCUUUGAAUCUGAUGACUCUUCAACAUCUACAAGGAAUAUCACUAUAGUGAGGAAAUCAACAGUGAGGGAAUCUUCAGUGAGGAACAGUCUUGAAGACCUACUCACUGAUUCCGAGAUCGCUGCACUUUCAAUUCUGAAAAACCUCACACGCGCCAAAGCUUCCAUGGAAUGA